CCAUCAACUUGACAAAUAUCAGCAGCGUACAGAUCGGGAGUGUCCGCCAUGAGUGACAUUGCGAACUACGACAUCCCAAAUGAACAUGAUCCCAACAGUAUAGAUCCAGGCCCCUUAUUGCAGCAGGCCGUCGGAGCAAUCUCUCAUUCAUCCGAAGAAAUAACCGAUCCAGAGAUAUUCGAUAUAUUCCGAAGUCUUCUCAAGCAUUCUGAUGCAGUCGCUGGUGCUUAUAUGAGCAAGAUUCUCGACGCUCUUCUCUCUGCGUUUGGAGCCCAAAUUGAUGCUGCCAUGCGCGACUCAAAGGAAGAAGACCAGCAGAUUGUUAUGGCUCAUAAGCUGCCCUUGGAAAUGUAUGCCUUCUUGGUUAAUUGGUUCGUAAAUGCCGCAGAGAAAGUGAAGGCAACGGGGGAGGAGGAAACUCCCACAGCGCCUGUGAAGGUGCGUCGCGGGAAGGGUGGUAAGGCUGGUACCUCGAGGGCGGCGGCGGCGAAGAAGGCGGAACAAUGGACAUGGAUCGACCAGAUCCCUGGCACGCUGGAACACAUUUGCAAGGCGUUAAAACUGAAGACGCACCGCAUCUGGGUAACUAGCCCGGAGAGAGAUGCAUUCAUAACGUGCCUCACCCACCCUGCUUACCACAUUGCCGAGUCUGAACAAUACAUGAAGGUCCAGAACAUCCGUAUGCAUGUCUACAAAGUCAUUUGCAUUGCUGUGAAACAUCAUGGGCACACCCUCGCUGCGCAAAUCAACAUCAUGCAAUCCCUGCAGUACUAUGAGCACCUUUCCGAACCCAUGGCGGAGUGCCUUUCCAUCCUCGCAAAGGAAUUUGAUCAUGCGCAACUUGGCGACGAGAUACUCCGCGAAAUCGCUGGCAAGUCGUUCAAUGCGCAGGACACCAAGGGUCCAAGGGCGUUCUCCCGAUUCUUGGUCAGGUUCAGCGAGGAGUCGCCGCGAUCGGUGCUCAAGCAAAUCAGUCUCUUGAUUGGUCAUCUCGACUCAGAGUCCUAUCCUAUGCGCAUGGCAAUAGUCGAAGUUAUUGGCUCACUCAUUCGCGAGCUCGCCUCGUCAGGGGACGAGGACGAGGCGAAUGGCUCCGCCCAGAGGGACAACAAGCAGCUUGAUGGGUUGUUUGAGUUCCUCAUUUCGCGGACGCUUGACCAAUCCUCUUAUGUACGCUCCAAGGUCUUCGCCACGCUCUCGAAGAUGCUUGAGCUGCCUUUGCAUCUUAGAGAGCAAAGGCUCCGAAUCACGCGCGCUGCCGUCGACACGCUGGAAGAUAAGGCGAGCACAGUGCGCAAGGCUGCUGUUUCGAUACUCGUCAAGCUGAUUUUGACCCAUCCGUAUGGAAAAAUGUAUGGAGGCGACUUGAGCUUGGAAAAGUGGGAGGAGCGAUAUAAGACUGCAUGUUGCGUGGGGAAGGCAGUUGAGAGGGAUGAGGGUGAAGAUGAAGAGGUAGAGAGAGAUGGCAAAGAGGAAAAUACUGGUGGUGAUGAUGCUGAUGAAGACGCUGAAAUGGAGAGCGCCGAUGCAGACGAUGACGGAGACGCAGAAAACCCAAAGCCUAAGAAGAAAAAAGCUCUUCGCAAAUCUAUCAACAUCGCAGCGAUUGCCUCGGAACAAGAAGCACUUGCUGCCCUGGAGAGCAACGAACUUCAUGCCCUGGGUUUGCGCAAGAGGUAUUGCUUAGAGGCACUUGACUUCGUGCGUACCCUGGAAGGUGGUAUGGAAUUGAUCACGCAGUUGUUGGGGAGCACGAACAAGGCAGAAGUACUGGAGAGUAUGGAGUUUUUCAGAGUCGCAUUUGAAUACAAGUUUGGCGGUGCUGAGAAAGGACUCAAACGGAUGCUACACAUCAUAUGGCACAAGGACAACAGCUCAACAUCGGAGGACGGGAAGGAGCUGAAGGGUGUGCGCUCGAGGCUCCUCGAAUGCUACCGUAUGUUGUACUUUGACCCCCUACCCGACAUGCAGCCCAAGCAGCAAGUCAAUCGUAUCGCCAAAAACAUGAUUGAAUUGACAUACGACACGACGCUUGCAGAGCUCACCAGCUUAGAAGAGAUGAUGCGUAUCAUGAUGGAAGAUGGCCAGAUCCAUUACGAUGUGAUCAAUAAGUUGUGGCAAGUUUACAGUGCUCCUCAAGCUCUGCCCUGUUCUCAACGUCGCGGUGCAAUCAUCAUCCUUGGAAUGCUGGCACUUUCGAAACGCACCAUUGUUUCCGAGAAGGUGGACACAUUGCUGAAGAUUGGUCUUGGACCAUUUGGCAAAGCCGAUCUCACCCUUGCACGAUAUACUUGCCUUGCUCUACGGCGCUUGAACGGCAGCGCGAAGAAGGUCAAAGGAUCUCUUCUCGACAAGACUCUUCGCAUGGAGAUGGAAAACCCAAUUUUUCGCAAGUUGCAAGACGCUAUAGUGCACCCCUGUCGAUCGAAAGAUUGCAUCCCUGAUGAGCUUUGCAACAACCUCAUCAAGAACCUCACUCGGAGGGCGUUUGCCAAGCGGCAGAAACUGGAGGAGCCGCCGUCCGAGCUAGAUGCAGAGGCGAUGGAGGUAGAUCAAGAGAUGAUACCCCCGGAACCAGCCUCGCAUGCACCGUCCAGUUUGCAGAUUUCGAGCCAACAGUCCAGCUCGAGCGAGGAGAAAGAUCUCGGAGACGCCUUCCAUCUCAGUCAGCUGCUUUUCGUUGUAGGUCAUGUAGCUAUCAAGCAUAUCGUAUUUUUGGAGCUUGUAGAAAGGGAGUGGAAGCGGCAAAAGGAUGAAAAACAGCUGGGGGAAAAACUUGCAGCUGGAGGCUCACCCAACAGGGCCAGCAAGGAAACCGAAGAGCUUGACCAAGUUGCUGGCAACGCCGAAGACGAGAUUGGUGAACGGAUAGCUGCCGUUCGCGAAACUGAGCUACUCUAUGGAGAGCAGUCAUUGCUGAAGUUGUAUGGUCCAUUGCUGGUCCAUGUGUGCGGUAGUCCACAUAAAUUCAAGAAUCGCACACUCCGUGCUGCUGCCACCCUCUCGUUUAGCAAGUUCCUUUGCGUCAGUUCACAAUUUUGCGACCAACACCACCAUCUUCUCUUCAAGAUCCUUGAGACCUCUAAAGACCCCAAUAUCCGUAGUAAUAUCGUCAUUGCUCUGGGCGACGUGGCAGUCUCGUUCAGCAAUAUUAUCGACGAGAACAGCAAUGAGUUAUAUAAGGGCCUUUCCGACGGUGACCUUGUCGUUAAGAAGAACACGCUGAUGGUGCUCACGCACUUGAUCCUCAACGGGAUGAUCAAAGUCAAGGGUCAGCUAGGCGAGAUGGCCAAGUGCCUAGAAGACGAAGAGCCACGGAUAUCUGACCUUGCGAAGCUGUUUUUCACGGAGCUUCACCUGUCCACAGGUGACCACGCCGUGGAGGAGGAAAUUUUCAAAAGCACAAUGCGCUACAUCUUCUCCUUCAUCGAGAAGGAAAAGCAAGCUGAAAAUAUCGUCGAGAAGCUCUGCCAGCGUUUCCGGCUCUCUGAGGACCCCCGUCAGUGGCGCGACAUUGCGUUCUGCUUGUCUCUCCUCCCAUUCAAGUCGGAGCGAUCAGUCAAAAAGCUCAUCGAAGGCUUGCAGUUCUACCGCGAUAAGCUGCACGAGGAGGGGGUGUUCGACAGGUUUAGUGACAUACUUACCAAGGCACGCUCCAAUAAAUCAGCGAACAAGCCAGACACAGAACUCAACGAGUUUGAAUCGAUACUCGACGAACACCGACGCCAAGGCGCAGAAGACCAAGCCUUUGAAAAGCGCGUCGAAGGCAAGAAAGCAGCUGCGAAACGGAAAGCCACGCGACGAUCCGCACGCAAGAAAGUUACCGAAACUGAGCCUGAGCCAACAUCACAAGCCCCGACCACACGGGAUGAAGACGACAUGUAUGUUUAAACCAGACUUCGUUCCCAUUGGCCGUUGGAGUAGGGUUCCAAGGGCAGACUACGCAUUCCGGGUCUCUCGGCCGCUUCCUACGGUAACCUAGUCAGCACGUAGACUAAGAUUCUCUAAUAUUCCGCAUGUUCGUCGUGUACCACGUUAUCAUUUGGUUUGAAUGCAAGAUGCCUUGCAAUUGUAGC